CCGGGCCCGCGUCAGGCCGUGCCGUGCCGUGCCGUGCCGUGCCGUGCCGGGAAGAUGGCCUCUCGGAGGAUCACCCGCGACACGUUCGAGGCCGUGGUGCAGGACAAAGUUAAACGGUACCGCAUGGAGCGCGGCGAUGCCGUGGGGGACUCCAUCCAUCAUUUCAAAGCUCACUCCAGGCCUCUGCCCCGGCCCCGCUACAACGAGAGCUUCCACGACGACGGGAGGUUCCCUCACGCCAACUCCCAGCACGAGGACUGGAGCCAGGACCCCAGGGAAGAUUACCCGGGGGAAAACUACCCCGGCCCUUCCUACGGACCCGGCAGCCCCCUGCUCCGCAAGGAGAACUAUUUCCACGAACAGUUCUCCCGCCGGGAGCGGGACUUCGGCCGGGAUUACGGGCGCCCCGCUCCCCAGAGCCGGGAAUUCGGGCGCGGGGCUGCCGCCGGCAGGGAAUACGGGCACCACUCCGCUCCCCCCGGCCGGGAGUACGGCCGGGAGUACGGGCAGGAUUACGGCCCCUCGGAUUCCUGGGAAGCCGGCGAGCCCGAGUUCGGCCCCUCGGAUGUUUUGGGGGAUUUCAGGUCUCCCGGGCUGAUGGAGGAGGAGUACGGAGGCGUGGAAAACCAGGAGUACGAGGCGGAGUUCGGGGCGCCGCUGCGCAGGGGAGGCGUGGGCAGGGGGAGAGUCCUGAGGGGCAAGCGCCUCACCAGGGGGGUGGCGAAGCCCAAAGCGUUCAAAGGAGACCUCAGGAGCCCCCUCAAGAAGUGGAACGUGAAGAAGCCGCAGCCGGGCCCGGAUCCCAAAGGCCCGGAUCAGGCUCUGGAAGUGGCCGAGCGCCCCGGCCAGAGGCAGCAGCAGCAGCGUCCCGCGCUGCCCCCGCACGCCCCGGCGGCGCAGAGAGCCGUGCUCAGGCUGCCGAAGCCCGCCCACGCCUUCAGGAACCUCAGCUUCGACCUGGUGGACAAGUCCGACAUCUUCUCCACCUUCGGCGUGGAGAUCAUCAAGUGGGCCGGGUUCCACGCCAUCAAGAACGACGCCGAGUUCUCGCGGCUCUUCGGGGCCCUCUUCGAGCUGGAGACCGAGACCUGUGCCAAGAUGCUGGCGUCCUUCAAGUGCUCCCUGAGGCCGGAGCACAGGGAUUACUGCUUCUUCACCAUCAAGAGCCUGCAGCACGCCGCCCUCAAGACGCCCAAGGUGGACAACGAGUUUUUGAACAUGCUGCUGGACAAAGGGGCGGUGAAGACCAAGAACUGCUUCUUCGAGAUCAUCAAGCCUUUCGACAAGUACAUCAUGAGGCUGCAGGACCGGCUCCUCAAGGGGGUGACGCCGCUGCUGAUGGCCUGCAACGCCUACGAGCUGAGCGUUAAAACCAACGGCUUCGGCAACCCCCGGGAAAUGGCCGACGCCUUCGAGACCACCGUGUCCCUCUGCCGGAAAUCCCUGGCUCUGCUGGGCCAGACCUUCGCCCUGGCCUCUGUUUUCAGGCAGGAGAAGAUCCUGGAGGCCGUGGGGCUGCAGGAGAUGGCUCCAGCGCCGACCUCGUUCCCCAAUUUCGACGACUCCAUGCUCUUUGGGAGGGAGUACAUCGAGAACCUGAAGGCGUGGCUGGAGAAGAGCGGGUACCCCAUCCAGAUGAAGAAGGCAGAGGCGGAAGCCACGGAGCAGCUCCGGACAGCCCCCGGCAGCAAAGCCCCCCAACGAGCUGACAGGAAAGUUGUGGACACAAUUGAGCAGCUGGUGACCAGCAUCGUGUCGGGAACUUUGUCUGCCAAGGACAGGAGCGCCCAGAAGAGCUGUCCCGAAUAUUGGUUCCUGUCCGACGAGGAGAGCCUGGAGUACAAAUACUACAAGCUGAGGCUGUCAGAGGUGCAGAGGAGGAGCGUGGCCGGGGAAGGAGCAGCUCCAGAGUCCCUCAGGGCCAUGCUCUACGCCAGGAGAGUGGCCAGCAUCAAAAGGAAGCUCUUCAAGAGGAAAAAAAAACCUGGAAUCCUCCCUCUGCUCCGCUCCAGCAGGGCCAGGAGGGUGAGGAGAGCAACCACGGGCACGCAGACCGUGCUGUCAGCGGGGACAGUGCUGAAGCACCGAGACAAAAAUCUUCCAGGCUCAGCCCAGGCAAAGAUUUCCCAGGCAGAUUCCAGCCCGUGCCGGCAGAGCCCGGCCCUGGAUGUCACCCUGGGCUGCCCAGGUGCCACCAGCUCCGAGAUCCCUGCGCCAGCAGAGGGAAAAACAGAUCCCGAGGAUUUAUCGGCGUCCCCAGAGCUUCCCCCGCCUUUGGGCUCUCAGUUUCCUGAUGUGGAUGCCAAAACCAUGGAAACUGCAGAGAAACUCGCCAAGUUUGUGGCUCAGGUAGGACCAGAAAUUGAACAAUUCAGCAUUGACAACAGUGCAGAUAACCCCGACCUCUGGUUCCUCCAGGACCAAACCAGCUCCGCUUUCAAAUUCUACCGGAUGAAAGUGCAGGAGCUGUGUCCCUCCAUCACCUUCAGCCCCGAGGCUGCAGGAGCCACCAAAGCUGCAGGGACAGCCCUGGAGUCCGAGGAGGAGGAAGAAGAAGACGAAGAGGAAGAGGAGGAGGAGGAGGAGGAAGCUGAGUUUGAAACCUCCCAACCUCCGGAGGACGAGGAGGAGGAGGAGGAGGAGGAGGAGGAGGAGGAGGAGGAGGAGGACGUGCCAGCAGGUAGAAGGGUGACAAACCUAGAGGAAGAUUUGGUUUCCAGAGCAGGAGAGGAGAUUUCAGGAGGCGAAAUGCAGCUCUCCAGCCCCUCUGAUGGCGCUGUCCCAAAUCUGUCGACACAGGCACCCAGCCCGGCCCCCGGCGCGCGCUUCCCCCGCAAAAGAGUCAGCAGCAAGUCCCUGAAAGUGGGGAUGAUCCCGGCUUCCAAAAGGAUCUGCCUGAUAGAGGAGCCCAAAGUGCAUGAACCUGUCAGGAUUGCUUAUGACAGACCCCGGGGCUGCCCUGUCACAAAGAAGAAAAAGAAAGCCAAGGACCUGGAGUUCCCGCAGAAGAGGCUGAGCCCCAGGAACGUGGGGUUCCAGAUGCUGCAGAGGAUGGGCUGGCAGGAGGGGCACGGCCUGGGCACCAGGGGCAGGGGCAUCCGCGAGCCCGUGCGCCUGGGCGCAACCUCUGCCGGGGAGGGCUUGGGAGUGGCAGGGGAGGAGAACCAAGAAGAUGCUUUCGAUAUUUUCCGGCAGAGAAUGAUCCAAAUGUACCGACAGAAAAGGGCAAAUAAAUAGGCUCUCUUCCAUGAAGACCCAGCUCCGCUGCCAUCCCCUCCCUCCCUCCCUCCCGUGGUGUCUCUCUGGUUUUUGGUGGGAUUUUGGCCUCGAAUCCAGCUGGGAUUUCCUCCUUCCCCUGCAGGAGCAGCAGCUUUUCCAUCCCAAGAGAAGAAAAAUGAAUUUUUUCUUUUUCCCCCCCCGAUUUUAGUGCGAGUAAACCUUUGGUAGAGGAACGUUCAAACCCCUGCAAUAAAUGUCGAGCUGGACAGUUCCUGGGUUCUGUGAUGCUUCACGUUUGGUUUUGCUUGUGACCUUUUUGGCCAUUUGUAAGAGAUACGCAUUUUUAUUUUUAACUUUUUUUAUUUUGAUUACCAUUUUCCGCUGGGGUUUGGAAUCCCUGUGGGCGCAGAGCAGGAUUUUUCGGGGGCCAAGAGAUCUCUUUUGGGGAUGGGAUUCCUCCCCAAAAAAUGGAAUUAACGCCCGUGCUCAGCCUGGCUCUGAUCCCUUCUCCAAGCAAAAAUCUUCUCCAGUUCCCGUUUUUGCCAAAAUUCGCCUUUCAAGGAUCCAUUUUGGGGGUAAAUCUCCCAAGCUCCUGCAUUUUUUCCUUUUCCUGCACCAGAUUUCCUGAGGGAAGGGAGCUCCCUCCUUUCUGUGCUCCUGAUUCUCCUUCCAAUGCCCCAGAAUCCCGGAGAAUUUUCCCUUUUUUUCUUUAUUUUUUUUCCUUUUUUUCUGUUUUAUUUUCUGGGAUUUUUUUCCCUUUAUUAUUUUUUUCCCCCUUUAUUUUUUUCCCCCUUAUUUUUUUUCCCGCACCAAAAAUCUGCAUUUUCCCUUUUUUUUCCCCCUUUUUUAAUCCACAAAAAUCCUGGGGUUUUUGGUGCAUCCAAUCCACCCCCCCCCAGCACCUCCGUGUGCCAGAGCUCCCUUUUUCAUCCCCAGGAAUAAAUUUUUCAUUUUCUUUUCAAUUCCCUCCCUUAAAACAGCAGAACUUUUCACUUUCCCAUCCCUCCGUGCUUUCCUCUUGCCUUUAAAUCCAAAUUAUUUUGGGUUUGUUUUGAUUUCUUUGGUGUGAGAUAAUUUUUUCCUAUUUAUUUUGGGAAUUUUUGUUGGUAUUUUUUGGUAUUUUUUGUUGGUUUGUUUUUUUAUAUAAUUUUUUUAGAAGACACUGCAGCAUCCCCAGUGUGAAGAUUUAAUUAUUUCCCAAAAAUCAAUGUACAAUAUUUUUAUUUUUUUUCCCUCCUCUUCACACCCUGCUCUGCUUUCAAUUUCGUGGCGCCCAAACAAAGCCUGGCCUCAAAAAUCCAAAUUUUUUUUUUUUUUUUUUAAAGAUUCUUUUUUGGGUUCUUUUUGGCAUCUUUCGGCUUCUUUCCUACCCUACAAUAGGUACAUUUUCUAAUUAAAAAAUAAAACUAAAAAAUCUUUUUAAUCCCCUUUUGAAUCCUGCAUAUCUCCAAUCAGACCUGAGCGAUAAAACACCUGAAAAUUGAGAAUACGCUCAGAACAACAGCGGGGCCCUUGUGAAAUAAAUCCAAUUUUGGGGUUUUUUUGGUUCUUUUUCAAUCCAAUUUUGGGUGGUUUUUUUGGUUCUUUUUCAAUCCAGUUUUGGGUGGGUUUUUUUGCUUCUUUUUCAAUCCGAUUUUGGGUGUUUUUGGUUCUUUUUCUGUGACCUUUGUUGGGUGGGAGCCUUGGCUGGGCGCAGCAGGGCUGGGGAGC